AUGCAUAAUUUUAGUGAGUUUGAAGAAAUAUUGAAACAGGAAACAUUGAAAGUAGCUGACUAUCAAGAAGUAAAUAUUACAAACAUAUUGCAAACUGUUCCCAAAAAUUCAAUGAAUAUUUGGCAUCCCGAGAAAAGUUCAGAAAUGGAUGCUGACGAAGAACUCGAAGAAGAUUCACCGACAACCGAAUCGCAGAUAAUUACUGACGAUGAUCUACGUUCCGCCACAUUAUUAAAAAGCAUAACAUUAAAAUGUGAUUAUCAUUCUUUCGAUUUUUACAUUAUAUUUAAGCAAAUAUAUUUACAGCAAAAAUUUAUGUGCAGGAAACCAAUAAAACAUCGCAAAUUUAUCGAUAUGGAUUCUGAAGAUUUGGAUUUAAUGUCAGAUUGUAAUGCUAUUAAUUAUAAAAAUGUUUACUCAAAGGGAAAGAAUAAUGGAAUAUCGAAGUUUGCUGAUCAUGUUACGAAAUCAUCUUUAACUAAACCUUCAAAAGUUCAAAGUUAUCAGACAGCUAGUGUUUCCUUUUUUAAUGUGUUUUUUGAUAUCGUUUUCUGGCCUUUUGUUUUCCUCCGCGCAAAACAAUAA